CUGGAUUUGGGGACAGCGUCACGCACACACACACACACACACGCACACACACAUGCACACACACAUCUCUACAGCACCAUCUGGGAAAACUACCUGGUUUUAUUUUUCCUACCAAAUACGACGAUUUCUUCUUCUUCUUUUAUUAUUAUUAUUAUUCCUAUUUUUGUUUCUGCUUUUUGAAACACUGACAUGGAGCAAGAACACAACCUCAGUUACCAUUCUGUUUGCCACAGCUGCUACAGGACGGACAGUGGCAUAAAUAAGGGCCGAAAGCUGUGCUCGUCCAGUCAGAUGCUCGUGUGCGCGCUUGUUUUAUCCUUCUGCGUGUUUGAAAUCACUGCAGCAGAGACGCUGUGCGGCGGAGAGCUGGUAGAUGCGCUGCAGUUCGUGUGCGAGGACAGAGGCUUCUACUUCAGUAGGCCAAUAAGCAGGUCGAAUAACCGACGUUCUCAGAACCGUGGCAUUGUGGAAGAGUGUUGUUUUAGGAGUUGUGAUCUUGCACUGUUGGAACAGUACUGUGCCAAGCCAGCCAAGUCAGAGAGGGACGUCUCAGCCACUUCCCUUCAGGUCAUACCUGUGAUGCCAGCAUUAAAACAAGAUGUCCCAAGAAAGCAUGUGACUAUAAAAUAUUCCAAAUAUGGAGUCUGGCAACAGAACGCGGCCCAGAGACUACGGAGAGGCAUCCCAGCUAUCCUGCGAUCGAGGAAGUUCAGGCCACAGGCAGAAAAGAAAAAGGGCCGGGAACAGGCCAAUGUCCACAAGCGUCUUAUCACACUUCCCAGCAAACUCCCUCCUUUAUGGCAUCCCACAGAACACUAAGUCAGCCACAACUGAAGACAGGAGAGUUUGCACAGAGUUAAAAGAGUAGGGGAUCAGAGCUUUGUAUCUGGCGUCAUUUCUGUGGUGGUCCUCUACAUCCUGCCUCCCUCCCUCACACAUACGUUCGCAUUCUUCCAGUCCUUACUCUUGCUGUUUCGUUCAUUAACACGGACAAACGAGAAUGAAAUAAGGAUGGAAGAUUACAGUUUGGGUGACUGAAAUUCAGGUGGAUGCUAAAAAUAAUUAAGAGGAGCAAAGGAAGCAUAUAUGAUGAAAGAGAUACAUGGCUUGCAAGAGUCAAGGACAGUUGUUUUGGAGGACAUCAGAACAUGAAGAACUGCUAGCACGAUCAACAAACAUUCGAGAACAUUCUCCCAAGGCAGAAGUAUAUCUUCUCAGUUAAUCCUUAUCUUUAUUAGUCACUUUGCACCGUUCACUAUAAAGGGACAUCCACACUGUAAGGAAUUGUUUUGUAAAAAUUAGAUUCCUGUUCCAGCACCUUCUAAUCACAAACAAAAAAAGGAGAAAAGUGUCUGCAAAUUGCACAUUGCCACGGAUUACGUCAAAGUUCUUGUUGAGUAAAUAAAGGCACUAUUUUUUUACGGAUAACGAACGUGUAGCUCAAAAAAAUGUCAUGGUGCUAGCGUUGUGAAUGGACUCAAAGGAAAGGAGGUUUGAAAAGCACGUUUUUUUGUUCUCAAAUAAUUAUUAAGCUUUCCGUUUUAAGGAAAGUGUGACUUACAAA